GGCAAAAAAAGGCGGAGAUGACAUGGUUGCACCACUAGAGUCGACUCUGAAUUCGGAACUAAGCUGUUUCAAGUCUUCUCGGAAGAACUUUUCGCUCUCGGAGCUUGAGGAAGCAAUCGAUAACUUCAGUGAUGAAAAUUUGAUAGGGAAAGGAGGGUAUGCAGAAGUUUACAAAGGGCAACUAAAAACUGGAAUGUAUAUUGCGGUUAAGCGGCUAAUGAAUGGCUCGCCAGACGAGACGACUAUUGAUUUCUUGUCUGAGCUUGGAAUUAUAGUUCAUGUUGAUCAUCCCAAUAUUGCUAAAAUGAUCGGCUACGGUGUUGAGGGGGGAAUGCACCUUGUUCUUCAAUUGUCCCCCCAUGGAAGCCUGGCCUCGAUACUUUACGGUCCUAGGGAGAAACUGAACUGGAGCCUCCAAUUCAAGAUUGCCGUAGGGACUGCCGAAGGCCUUGGCUAUCUUCAUGAAGGUUGCCAGCGAAGAAUUAUCCAUAAAGAUAUCAAGCCCGCAAACAUAUUGCUUUCAGAGCAUUUAGAUGCUCAGAUUUCAGAUUUUGGCCUUUCAAAGUGGUUACCUGAUCAAUGGACUCAUCAUACCGUCUCUAAAGUCGAAGGCAAAUUUGGUUACCUAUCUCCCGAGUUGUUCAUGCACGACAUAGUCGAUGAAAAAACGGAUGUCUAUGCUUUUGGCGUACUGCUGUUGGAGCUCAUCACAGGGAAGCAAGCCGUCGACAGUUCACACCGAAGCCUUGUUAUCUGGGCAAAACCAUUGAUUGCAGAAAAUAAAAUCAAGGAGCUCAUCGAUCCAACCCUCGAGGAUGACUAUGAGCUGAACGAGUUAAAACGUUGUGUAGCAACAGCUUCGAUCUAUAUAGAUCAGUCUGCGAUAGAUCGACCACAAAUGAGCCAGGUUUUAUCCAUUCUUAAAGGUGAUGUUAGCUGCCUUGAGAUUCUGAAAGAGCAGUCCGCUCAUCGGAGGACUUACUCCGAAGAGAUCUUCGAUGUGGAAGAAUAUAACUUAACCAAGUGCUUGAAUGAUCAAAAUAGUUGA